AUUCCAGCACAGAUGUACUCAAGGACCUUUCACUGUCCCAUUGUGAAUCAAUUGAACUCCCCUCUUCACCACACAGAUUUAUGCUCUUCACAAGUCACAAUCGCAGUAUGUUUGAAGCACUAGUUUCAAGCAGCUUGGUGAGGCUAGGGUAAUCGACAAGAACAUCCUGAUGUCUGAAGUAGUUGCUUCUGCGGUAGUCAGCGAGGCUGUGAGCAGGAUCUCCACCUUCUUCAUCGACAAGCAUAAAUGGAAAUUAAGCGAGGAAGAUGGCAUGGAGAGGCUGGAGAUUGCACACAUCAGAAUGGAGGCAGCCCUCGAGAUAUCCAGCAGGUGGCCUCGGGUCACAGACGCCUCGCUCCUGCGUUGGAGGAAGAAGCUAAAGCGCACAUCCGAUGAGUGCAGCCAAAUCAUGGACAGAUGCAAGCGCCGUGCCAUGGAAGACGAUGAGAUGGAACAGGAGGUCAGGCAGUGCGCCUUCCCUAAACGGAUCGCCCAUGCCACAAAAUCGUUCAUAUCAUCUUUCACUGGCCAGAAGAAAGUUGAUAGCCUGAUCACCACUUCAACCAUUCAGAGGUUUGAAAGGUUUGCCAAUGGUGCCGGCGAGUUCCUGAGAUUCAUGGAGUUCGGCAGCAUAGGCAGGAUAAACUAUAUGCCUGUUGAUCCUCUCACUGGGCACCUUCGUGCAGGCAAAGCUCUACAGUAUGAAAAUUCUCAUGGAAAUCAGUACUACCUAGCAGCACGGCCAAUGCGUUUUGCAGAGCGAGGACAAGAAGCCGGGGUAUUGCUUCGGUACCAAAACCAUGAGAGGCCAGAGGAAAACUUCAUUCUUGGAAUUAUGCUACGCUUGGCAGCAAGCACAAAUGUGACUGCAAUUGUAGCUAGUUGCUUGGAGUUGCUACCACCCAAUUUCAAGUCUGUUGCUGAAGCUGCAAAGCAGGAGCUCACUCAGUUGCACCAGCGAGGCUUCUACUGCUUCCCGUUUGUGGAUUCUACUGAUCCAGAGUACUGGAGCAUCCACCAUGCUGAGACUCACCGUGCUCGACCAAACUCAGCAUGCUGCGACUGCGAAGAACACGAGCACCAUGGUCGAAGCAGAAGCAGUGACAUGGUUGAGCCGUCAGGUGCAUUCCCGGAGCCGGUGAUCAAACUGGCCGUGCAGCGCUAUGUCUCUACGAGCCAGAGACAGAAGCAAUCAUCGUCUUCAUCGUCAUCUGGUUUUUCUGGAAAUUCGGGGCCACCUCUGCUUCAGCUGACGGCCGUCUUCGCGCCACACGCGUCACCAGAGCAGCUGCUGUCCGGGGCUGAGAGCGUCACGGUUGUGGCGAUCGAUGGGAGGGAGGAGCAACCCGUGCACACCAAUGUUGGAUUGCAUGAGUUGGAGGAGUUGCUGCUGCCAAACGCCGUCAAUCACCUGUGCCACGAGGCGGUGGAUGAAUCGUCGGCGCACGAGGUGUUCUGGAGGUCUUGCCAUGGUGUUGCUUACCUCUGCAUGGAGAAUGUGGUAACAGAGAUGGCAGGGUGCAGGCCGACUCAUUGGCCGCGCUCAGCUCUGGUGCGGCAACGAAGACGGCGUGGUGGCUGGUGGCUUGUGGCGGCGCCCCAGCGGGAGGGCCGGAAGAGGGGAGUGCGAGCGCCCAACCAUCGACUUAUGAGAGAGAGCUACAUGUAAAAUUCAGUUUUGGUGUGGUACAGCGGCAGAAGGGGGAGUGUGUACAUGGAGACCUAUAUGUUGAAAACAAAUCCUACAGGGGUUUAUUUCCAAAAAUAUUUAUCUUUAGCUAGCCUUUCUGGAAGAUUGGUCAGUCAGCAUUCAGUAUUGACUAUUGACGAUUGGUCAGUCAAAGUGGGCAGAAACCAACUGGAGAACAGACUAGAGCACUAACCAAACUUGAAAGAGAACCACCUUUGGUUUGCUCGAUUCUCUA